AUGUCGGUGGUUACCGGAGGUAGCGAACCGGGCCCCGCCACCGCCGCCGCCGCCGCCGGGGGAGGCACCGGCGGAGGGACCCGGGUUUUCUUUCAGAGCCCGCGCGGGGGAAGCGCCUCCCGGGAAGAUUCGGUCGCCCCCGCCGCCGUGGUCCAAGUCCAGCAGCAGCAGCGGCGCCACCAGCAGGGCAAAGUGACGGUCAAGUACGAUCGGAAAGAGCUGCGCAAAAGGCUAGUGCUGGAGGAGUGGAUCGUGGAGCAGCUCGGGCAGCUGUACGGCUGCGAGGAAGAAGAGAUGCCAGAUGUAGAAAUUGAUAUUGAUGAUCUUCUUGAUGCUGCUAAUGAAGAGGAAAGAGCCCUCAAAUUACAAGAAGCGCUUGUAGAUUGCUACAAACCUACAGAGGAUUUUAUCAAAGAACUUCUAACUCGGAUAAGAGGGAUGAGGAAACUGAGCCCUCCUCAAAAGAAGAGUAUAUAAGUGAAGACGGAGCCUCUUGAGAGAAGUGAUCAAUAAACUGGAACUAUUAAAUAGGACACCUGCUAGUUUGGUUGUUAUGAGCAAUUUUCUCUUUUUUGGCUGAAUUCUGACAUUUUAAAGAAUUCAACCCCUUCUGUUUAAGGCAGUUUUUUUAAAGUGUGA